AAAUAACAUGUAAUUGGCGCUCAGAUUUGUGGGAUACUGGCUUUUGAAAUCGUUUACUUCCUUUUCCGUGUUCAAGUGUCCUUGUAUAGUAUUAUACUGUGGAAGUGGUUGUACCAAGAUGUUCAGAAACUUGUUGGCUUUGCGUCACUUGUCUCAAAGAAGUAUCAGCACUGCUGCUCGCAGACAGCUGCAAAAUAAAGUUCCAGAAAAACAGAAGAUUUUCCAGGAGGACAAUGGAAUCCCAAUCCAUUUGAAAGGUGGUACAGGAGAUGCUCUGCUCUACAGGUUAACUAUGGCUCUCACAGUCUUUGGAACUGGUUUUGCGAUAUUUGAGUUGGUCAGAGCUGCACUUCCCAAGAAGAAGUAACCGGUUUACAGUUUGUCUGCCUUGCCAUCUUGUGGUCCAAUGCUGAACUGUGUCAGGGAGAAAAAUGCUUGUGGUUAUGUUCUGGGAUCAAUAUUUAUUAAGCUGUACUGUAUGAACUGCAAGCAAUAAAGGAGAUUUACAUGA